UUCUUUUGUGCUACAUCUUCUCUCCAAGCUUCAAAUUCAGGAACCCCAAAAACCAGAACCCUUUUCUUGUUUUUCUCAAUCAAUGGCGUCUUCCAUUGCUACAACUCUCACACCCUAUACUAAAGUGAACAGAAACAGUUCUCUCUUUGAGUCUGCCUCUUUUGGGGUUCCAAUAACACCAGUUUCUUUUCAUUUGAAACCAAAGUCUUCCUCUCCUUGCAAUGCAUCUGUUUCCAUGUCUGCAGCACCUCCUCAGUAUGAUCUGAACGAUUUCAGGUUUCUCCCUAUCAAGGAGUCCAUUGUGUCACGUGAGAUGACACGUAGGUACAUGAUGGACAUGAUCACCUAUGCUGACACUGAUGUGGUGGUGGUCGGUGCUGGCUCUGCGGGGCUGUCUUGCGCCUAUGAGCUUAGCAAGAAUCCGUUCGUACAGGUUGCUAUUGUUGAACAAUCUGUUAGCCCUGGAGGUGGUGCCUGGCUUGGUGGACAGCUUUUCUCCGCCAUGGUAGUGCGCAAACCAGCUCAUCGAUUCCUUGAUGAACUUGGCAUUGAAUAUGAUGAAAAAGACGACUAUGUAGUAAUCAAGCAUGCAGCCCUCUUCACAUCCACCAUCAUGAGCAAGCUUCUAGCCCGCCCCAAUGUGAAGCUGUUCAAUGCUGUGGCGGCAGAGGACUUAAUAGUGAAGGGAGGAAGAGUUGGUGGAGUUGUGACAAAUUGGGCCUUGGUAUCAAUGAACCAUGACACACAAUCCUGCAUGGACCCCAACGUGAUGGAGGCCAAGGUGGUGGUUAGCUCUUGUGGUCAUGAUGGGCCACUUGGAGCCACCGGGGUCAAGAGGUUGAAGAGCAUUGGGAUGAUUGAUAGUGUGCCAGGAAUGAAGGCACUGGAUAUGAAUGCAGCUGAGGAUGCUAUCGUACGGCUGACUAGGGAAAUUGUGCCUGGGAUGAUUGUUACUGGAAUGGAAGUUGCAGAGAUUGAUGGAUCUCCAAGAAUGGGACCAACAUUUGGAGCAAUGAUGAUAUCAGGGCAAAAGGCAGCCCAUCUUGCUCUGAAAUCAUUGGGAUUGCCUAAUGCAUUUGAUGGAACAUCUGUGGGAAGCAUUCACCCAGAGCUGAUCUUGGCUGCUACAGAUUCUGCUGAGAGUGCAGAUGCUUAGUCUCUAGCAAUAGCUGCAAUGAGGACCCUAGCAAUAACUGUAAUGAGGAACCGGAAAAAUAGUCAUUGGUAGGAAUGAAAUGGCUCCUUUUUUUGAUGGUUGAUGUGAUUAUGUGGUGAGGUUUGUUAAUAAUGAGGGGUUUGCUGUCUAGACUCUCCUAGAACCUGAUGGCAUAAACUUCGCAUUUAGUUUCUUGUUGUUCUUCUUGCCUUUAAUGAGUACUGCUUUCUCUU